AUGGGCUCUCCGUUGACACCCCUGAUGGCACUCCUAGUCCAAGAGGCCGGCCCUGGCCUCCAUGAGUACAAACAUGCUCUUUCUAGCAUUGACAAGUACUACCACCGUCUCCAUGAUGAGAUGCAGGACGAAUCGGUCCAUGGCCAGAUCGUGCUCAAUCCCAACAGGGCCCUGCGACGCCUUCAGAAAUGCUUCGAAAUCCUGAGAAUCAAGAAUCUGCCUGCUCCAGUCUCAGAGAAGCUCUUCACGUCUCUUGUACUACCACUGAUUCCUCCACGAGAUAACAGCCUCACAGUUAUGCAAUGUGCGGAUCUGGUCGGCUCAGCACUGCCUCUACUCAUCCGCCACCCUUCCUCGCCUUACCUCCGCCAACUUGCGCGCACUCUACUGCCUAUUGCACAUCUUCUCGACAUACUCUUUGUCCAUGAGAAUUACAGUAAGCUGUUGGAUACGUGGCUGCUUUCCAAUCGACACAGCCUGGAUCUGGACGUCGUGACUCAGAUCGUAAAGCGCUUGAUCGAUCUUUGCGAUGCUUGCACGGCGGAUCAUGGCAUUGUCACCACCUCAGAAGACUUAGAGAAGGCGACCAGAUUGAUGGAAUCUCUAAGGUCUCUCAUCCGCGCUGCCCAGGAGAAGAAGCAGAUGUCUCAAAAGAUCGAGAACCUUCCUCCCCUAGACCAAAUGAAGGCUCUCGGCCUAGACGACAAGAAAUCGCAUCAUGUUCGUCAAGACUCUGUUCCUGAUAUCGAGAUUCCCGCCACCGUUCUCGAGGAUCUGCGUUUCUUCGAGAUCCAAACAUUGGCGUCGAUGCGCGGUCUGACUGAUUCACUCGAGCAACUUGAAAACAUCACCAUACCAUCCAUGAUGCGUGCUGCUCUGAAGAGCUUCCCUUGCAGACCCUGCAUGGAAGGCUUGACUGGUGAAACGGUCGCAUUGUCAAGGCCGGCAGAUGUACAGCCAUAUCCAACUAAAGACUCAGGACAUUCAUAUGACAUCUUCGGGAAACGGGUCGGGUUGUGGAAAGUUCUGUUAACUGAUACAGCUUUGACAGAUGCAAGGAAGUUGGCUCAUGAAGGCACAUUUGCUCUCGUCGCGAAGAAACUCAGGGAGCUAGCGAGUGGUGAAUGGAAAGGGAAAGAUUUGUCCCAGCGUGCAGGCUCCAAGAAGCAGAGGGAGAUAAUGCACGUUCCAGUACUGCAGGUGAUUGUUUCUCAAUCCGUGUCCAUCUUAUGGCAGCUGGAUGUUGGUUUCUAUGAUGAGCUUCCAUGGAUACAACAGCAGAUCGUGAAAGUCUGGAAAAUAGUUACGGCAAACGACGAGCUGGAUACCGCUAUUGGCAACAUCGUUGCUUUCCAGAAUACUUACACGCCUGAGUUCACGAAGCUCUGUCUGGCACGUCCCGUUAAGCAUGAAGAUGGGAAAUUCCUUCCACAAAAGUUUGGCAAUGCCAAGGGUUCCGCAUCCGCUCAAACGGCAUGCAUCAAGUCGUCCAAGACCGACCAAGCCAUCGUUGAGAUGUCAAACAAGUUUUAUAAUCUCACGGAGCCAUUUCUCAAGUCCAUUGCGGCGGCAACAGGCAGAGAAGAAUUUCCUUUCGACUUGUCUCCGGAAGAGCUUGAGGUUGUCGGCCACUUUGACACAUCCUCUCUGAUUCUUGCAAGAAGUGGGACCGGCAAGACCACCUGUCUACUCUUCAAGAUCCUUGCCAAAUACAGAGCGAGAAAAUCAGCUUCGACCGGGCAACCAAUUCGGCAGCUCCUCCUCACUCGCUCUGCAUACCUGGCAUCCAAGCUGCGGGCAUAUGCACGGAGCCUGAUUGCAGCCUACUCCGCCGGUGCAUCAACCGAAGAUGCGUCAGGUGAUUCGAAGCCGACGUCGUUCUUUGCCCUGAAGGAUGUAGACUUCCCCUUUGUCUGCACUUAUGACGACUUUAUCGGCCUGCUUGAAAAUACCAUCAGGAGGGCAGAUCGCAAAGAUUUCCUCGAAAGCACGGACAAAUCGAAGACUGCUGACCUGAUUUUGAACAAGCCAAGGAUCAUCGACUUUCACAUUUUCAAGACCGAGUACUGGGGUUGCCUGUCUAGCAUUGCCCCUACGCCCUGUUCUCCCGAGCUUCUUUUUGCGGAAAUCAUGGGUGUCAUCAAGGGCUCCGGUACCUCCGCUAAAACCCUAAAAUCGCUGACUCGGCCAGAGUACGUUCGACGAAAGGCCAAAGCAUCCCCUGCUUUUGCGGCCGAGACAGAUCGUGAAAAGGUUUAUGCUGCUUUUGAGCGAUACGAAAGACAGAAGAAGCAACUGAAGGAGGUUGACGAGCUCGACCGGGUCAGCGAUUUGUUGAAAUUGCUGAAAAACAAUUCCACCCUGGAGAAACUCAUUCGCCGCGGUUUUGAAGAGAUCUAUAUCGACGAGAUCCAGGACCUGCGGUGCCUGGACAUCGUGCUGAUCCUAAGCUGUCUCAGCGAUGCCAGAGGAAUUCAUCUGGCUGGCGAUACUGCUCAAUGCAUCUCCAAGGACUCGGCUUUUCGUUUCCCGGAGACCAAGGCUCUGUUUUAUGAGUACUACGAAGUCAUUGCCAAGGAGCUGAAGCAGCCUUCGUUCGCGAAGCCCGUACAGUUCUCCCUGGCUAAGAAUUAUCGUUCCCACCAAGGCAUAUUGAGCUUUGCAUCCUGGGUGAUGCAACUGCUCUGGAGUGGGUUCCCAGACACCAUCGACAAGUUGGAGCCAGAAGUGGGACAGACAGGAGGACCUCGGCCCAUUAUUUUCGCCGGGUUUGAUGCAUCAAUAUUGUCGGCAAAAAUGAUCGGAUUGGUCAAGCUCAAUGACCAAGUGGCCGACUUCGGUGCUGAACAAGUCAUUCUUGUCAGGGACGAUAUGUCUAAGGACAAACUUCAGGGUCAAAUUGGCGAGGUUGCUCUGGUUUUGACCAUCCUGGAGAGUAAAGGGAUGGAGUUUGACGACGUCCUCGUUUAUGACUUGUUCGGUUCCAGUGGGCUAGGGAGCAGCUACCGAUGCUUGAGCCUGCUGGCUCGAGGGGCACGGGCUCAAUUUGAUUCUCAGAAACAUGCGGCAUUGUGUUCGGAACUCAAGCAUCUUUAUGUUGCAGUUACGAGAGCCCGAAAGCAACUUUGGUUCAUAGAAACCAGCGAGAACAGCGUGGAGCCCGUUCUUCAGGCGCUCUCAGAAAGCGACAAUUCCCAACUCGCGGAUCUCGUGAAACAGAAGGACCCGGAUGCUCUCUUCUGUUACAAAAAGGCCAAUGAUCCCCGUGGCAUAUCUCAUGCGCAGGCUUGCUUGUUUGAGCAAGAAGGACGAACUUGUCGGGCAGCCGAUGACCACGAAGGAUUAUCUGCAUGCUAUGAGAAGGCAAUCGUGCUUUUCUUGCAGCUUGAGCUUAUCCCAGAAGCAGCUAGCUGCCUUGAAGGGUUGGGACAGUAUGGCAAGGUGGCAGAUCUUUGGAAAGGCCAAGGCGAUUACCGCAAAGCUGCUCUGUAUUACGAGAAAGCAUGUCUCUUUGAAGAUGCCUCGGAAUGUUACCAUUCAAAAGGUGAAUAUGAACAGGCAGUGGAAGUCCUGCGCCGAGGUGAUCAAUUCGACCAGCUCAUCGCCUACCUGACCGAGUAUGUACCUCUCAAAAAGAUUCUCAACGCCAGCACUCUUUAUCGCUAUUCGAGACUCUGCAACAUUCUAGUCAAACAAAACCGCAUUUCGGCUGACUUGAGGCCAGCGGCCAUCAACCUCCUCGGACCGGAUGUGGAUAAAGAGGCCUUCUUUAAAGAGUUUGAGAUGUUCGACCAACUCCGUAUUUUCUACGAAAAGCAAGGCAGAUGGCUUGAAAUCUACGAAAUGUCAAUUUCUGCGGGCGAUCUCACUUCCGCGAUGGACGCCCUGCUUUCCCACAAGCUGAUCUUGACGGCUAAUAAGAAAACCGCCGAGACGGUCUUUCAUUAUGCUGUCGUUGAAUCUCUCUUCACUUUCAAGAGUUUUGCCAAUGAUUGGCCUGGAGGUGAUUCCACUCUGCUGCAAAUUGCCAAAUCAACUUGGCUGGAAAAACUUGCUGGACAAUGGCAGGUAGUGUUUGAGAUGAUUCAGUGGGCUGCAGACAAGAAUCGACCCGUCGAUUGGAAGCGACUGGAAGAUGGUAUCCCAAGAGACUUCUUCUGUCUUUAUGUGAUUGCGUUUGAGGCGAAUGUUGUCAACAAAACGAAGAUCUUGUUUCUUCCCAGAGAUGUCAUCCUUCGCGCGAAAAGCCUGAUCCACGGCCUUGAAUUUGAAAGCAAAAUCGCAUCAAACUGCCUAAAUCUUAUCUGUGGCCUUUUUAACAACCUUCAGACAACAAAACCCUGCACUCUGCUUCGCUGGUCACCUCUCAAAGAGGCCGAGGAAGACGCAUAUUUUGAAAAUGCUUCUCCUGGCGAGUUGUUCAGCAACGCCAAAACUUGGAUUCGAAAGAAAUUUGCGGUGGCGCUUACUCAGUUCCAUGAAAGGGCUGUUGCUCUUGAUUCUGUCACCGGUCAGAAUGUACUCUACUUCAUGAAAAACCGACUGUCGAUUCGUGCAUUUCAAAAGUCACUGCUUACCCCCCUUUACAUCCAAAGAGUCAUGGGAAGUGAGUUUCAAGAGACGUUCUUGAAACGGAGGCGACAGUGGCUAGAGCUAGUGCUCGAAGAACUUACGUUCAUAUCAUCUCAUGAACAAUCUGCAAGUGUGAUAAUGUCGACUUUUUCUACCCUUCACGGUUCCAAACAUCGCCAGGCGACUGUCGGCUGUCUUGAAGAAUUGCUUUUCCACCGUUUGGAAAGGGAGUGGCAACAGCGCCAAAGCUUCACCGCGAUCCUGGAGCAAAUGCAGCAAGCCCGUCAACUCGGCUUUCAAGUUGCCCACGGGCUUCGUCGAGCACUACUGUGCAAUAUUAGGUACAGCCUGUCUCAUCCUCAACAAGGGGUCCCUAUCGAUCCUCUGAAGGCAGCAUAUCAAGGAUUCAGUGGCGCCGAGACAAUUUACUCGGGUGUGGCAAGGCAUAAUACUCGGGAAUUCUAUGAUGGAAUACGAGAAUUUCUUGCCAGCAUGGAAAGAGUCGAAAUGAAUUCGCUUACCUGGUUUCCAGCGUUGCUCUCCGUCGUCGAACUAGCAACCACAUAUGUCCUUUGCUUGAUCAACCCAGGGAAUGCCGUUGUCAUUCCUUGGUCGUGGGUUCUAUUCCAUUUGCCCAUCGCCAUGCAAUCUUCCUCUGCCAGUAGUGUUGCACUCACAAAUAGUGUCAAGAUGUCGCACCUGAGUUGCCUCACCAUCUUGGUUUCGAGCUUCUGCCGUCUGCUGGACAAGAUGGAAUUCGCGAUCCACACUCAUCAGCUGGGAUUUAUGGGACGUCGCAGGGUCCCAGCAGCGAUGAUAAAGAGACGAAACACUGAUUAUCUGACAACGGUGGCUCUGAAUUUGAGCCACUGGCCCGUCAUCCCAAAGGGGUUCAUGGACAUCUGGGGUCAGAUACAGAAGGUAUUACAUGUCCUUCUUGACCAUGCAUGUAUCGAGGCUAACAAACGUGAACAGACGCUUAGCUUCACGGCUCCUCCGAGCCUGGUAACAGCCCGCGGUUUCCAAAAGCUUCGAGAGGAGUCCAUACGUCUUUAUACAGUCUAUAAUGGCAAGGAUGAGCUGUACGUCAUCUCGCUUGACAACAAGAGCCAGCCUCCUCUUCACUUCCGAGGUUUCGUUGAAAAUCACGGUCGGUUUGAGAAGCUGACUACAGCCUUGAGAUCCUCACGGCCUGCAGGCAAUCCGCUAGCCAUGUUCACAGGUGAAGGUUCGACGGCUGUGGAGGAAUAUUCCAAACAUGAACUCGACAUGAUCACGAAUCUCCAGCGACGUUGGCGACGUAUGAUGAAGUUGAUCGGAGAGAAACGCCGCAUGCGAGAAACCACCGAGGGAAAUAUCAUCGUUUCUUUGCAGAGGGUGUGUUCUUUGAAGUUCAGCUCCGUCCCUGGUCACUCUCGCCUGUCUAUCAAGGACAAGAUCCACCUGCGGAAGCUGCUUUUCACCGACGGUCUCAACAUCUUGGUUGAACUGGAAACAAUGGCCGCCAACGUCCAGCGUCUAAAGGAUACCUGCAAAGUUUUUUUCUGGAACACCUUUUCCCUCGCAGAAAUUGAAGAUCUGGAUACGAUCCGCGCGAGCAUCAACCACGUUGAUGCUGGACUGGACGCUCUCACAGCGAAGUGGUCUCUCAAGUGGAUCGGGUCGGUGAUCUUGAUCAUGUCUCCACGAACCCUGGAGCAGCAUGCGCGCGAGGCAAUCUGCGCCCUUUGGACAAUCAAGCAGGAAGCUGAAAUGGUUAAGCAUCAGCUCGACGCUUUUGCUUGCCCUUCCAAGCCGAAGAGACUUUAA